UCUAGGCGGGUGGGAGAGGCGGGAGCGAAAGUUACAGGUUUGGGGUCCGGCGGCCGGGGCGAUGGAGCUGGGUCCCGCCGCGUCCCCUGGGCCUUCCCGCUCCUUCAAGGAGGAGUUGCUCUGUGCCGUCUGCUACGACCCCUUCCGCGACGCCGUGACUCUGCGCUGUGGCCACAACUUCUGCCGCGGGUGCGUGACCCGCUGCUGGGAGGUGCAGGUGGCGCCCACCUGCCCGGUGUGCAAGGACCGCGCGGCCCUCGCCGACCUGCGCACCAACCACACCCUCAACAACCUGGUGGAGAAGCUGCUGCGCGAGGAGGCCGAGGGCGCGCGCUGGGCGGGCCACCGCUCCCCGCGCCUGUGCCGCCCUCACCGCGGCCAGUUCAGCCUCUUCUGCCUCGACGAUAAGGAGCUGCUGUGCUGCUCGUGCCAGGCCGACCCCCGGCACCAGGGGCACCGCGUGCAGCCAGUGAAAGACACUGCCCACGACUUUCGGUGGUCCACAACAAUGCUUUUCCCCAUUACCACUGGCAGAAGUGCCAGGUCCUGAUGUGGGACAGCUAAAGUA